AUGAACAUCUUAUCCAACCUCCGAGGCCUGACUAUCCAAUCUCUACUCAUUCUACUUCCAUGCUGCCUAGAACCUUACAGAGGUGUAGAGGCCACCAACGGGUUUGGGAUAUACCCCCUGGAGAUACAACCACAGGACCCGAAAGCAAAUUUGAAUCCCAGUGCAACGGACAGGCGAGAUGAGCCUCCUGGUUCAUACUAUGAUGGAGGCGUUGGAAAGCUGCCCUUUAAGUCGCCCACGUCAACUACACUGCGAGAUCGUCUUGUCGGGAUGCUAUUUUCUAACUACAAGACACACGAAAGACCCACGGAACUGCUUGACGUGGCCACGGUUGUUGAGGUAAACAUGAAAGUGUUAGCUAUAUUCUCCGUGGACGUUCGUACAAUGGAUUAUUACAUAGAUGCACUACUUCGUCAGACGUGGACUGAUCCUCGCUUGGCCUGGGACACCUCAAAGGAAUUCGAGAACUUUACGCAAGCUCUUGUUUCACCGACGCUGAAGGAGAGCCUCUGGUUGCCCGAUCUCUUCUUCCGCAACGGUAAAGACGGGUAUCUGCAUAAAAUGACACUUCCCAACUACUUACUACGCGUCUACCCCAAUGGAAACGUUCUUUACAGCCAAAAGAUCACGAUGAGGUUCUCCUGUCAAAUGGACCUUCAGACCUUCCCCAUGGAUACGCAACACUGUCACAUGAACAUUGGCAGCUAUGGCUACACACUGAAUGAGCUGAAAUUCACCUGGCGUCCAGAAAAUCCCGUUGAACUGCCAGACAAACUGCAGAUUUCCGAGUUCAACACACCCUCAAAGUUCACUACAAUUGACUGUACUGCCAUGUCCUCCACGUCGACCGGCAAUUACACCUGUUUAAUGGCAAAGUUCGCGCUGAAACGUCAACUGGGAUCCUAUCUGGUGACAACCUACAUCCCCAACAUCCUCAUCAUCAUGGUCUCCUGGCUAAGCUUUUACGUCAGCGUGGACGCUGCGCCAGCUAGGGUACCGCUGGGUCUUCUCAGCCUUCUAGGUCUUUUGACACAGGCCUCUUCUAUGACCGCAAAUUUGCCCCGCGUCUCCUACAUUAAGGCCAUCGACCUCUGGCUCAUCUUCUCCAUCAUCUUUGUCAUCAGCGUCCUCGUAGAGUACGCCAUUGCCAUCACGUUGCUGCGACGCAAACGGCGAGAAAACUGGCGCAACGACGUGGAGCACAUCGUGAAGGAGGAGUUGGCUCGCUGGUGCGCUGCCUGUCAGCAGACUCAGUUAGCAAACCUGCAGUUCAGCACAGGUGGACUGGGACACGAGUUCAGUCAACAGUUUGCCUUCUUCAAUGACCUUGACACAUUUCUGACCCGCACUGUCAUUGAGGAGUCACAGAAGAAGUCUCGAAAGAACAAGAUUCCUGAGGCGACGGAGUCUGAGAUAGACGCCUACAGCCGGUUUCUCUUUCCAACCUGUUACAUCAUGUACAAUGUCUUCUACUGGCUAUAUUAUCUGGUGAUCGUAAAACAGGGCGAGGAAACGGACACCUGA